AUGAAUUUGAGAGUUUUUCAUAAUGAGUGUUGAGUGUACCUGAUGAAGAAAUUACUAGUAAUGAGUUUAUGUUAUUAGGAACUUGCACGUUGUUGGGUGCAUUCUAUUCACGUAUAUUUGUUGAACUUAACUUACACUACAAGAAUUUAUCUUAAAAGAAAAAUUUUGUUCUAACAAAGGGGGCAAGUUAAAUGUUUAAUUAUCAACUAUGAAUAAUCAUACCAAUUAGAAAUUGUUGUUUAAUUAUCAACUAUAAACAAUCAUACCAAAUAGCAAACAUCCUAAAAAAUAAAGAAAAGCUCGAACUUCCACACACACAAAAAACAACACCAAAAAUGACAAUUGCUGCUUCUAAUCUCCUCCUCUCAAAACCACUCUUAACUACUAAUUCCUCAUUAACCCUUAAUAGUUAUCUUUCCAACUAUAAUUAUACUACAUGUUCUUUGAAUAACCCCAAACCAAAGCCAUUUAAGGCCACUGCAACCUCUAAUUCCCCCAUUACCAUAUCUCCACAAAACCCCAUUACUCCUCCAUUUGACCCUAAUGAGCCUCGUAAGGCGGCCGACGUGCUAAUUGAAGCCCUCGAGCGUGAAGGGGUGACCGAUGUGUUUGCCUACCCAGGUGGGGCAUCAUUACUAAUCCAUCAAGCUUUGAUUAAAUCCAAUUCCAUCAAGACAAUCCUCCCUCGCCACGAGCAGGGAGGGAUCUUAUCUAGUGUAGGCUAUGCACGCGCCUCGAAUAUGCCAGGCGUGUGCAUAGCCACGUCUGGCCCCGGAGUAACUAAUCUCGUCACCGGACUAGCUGAUGCAAUGGCGGACAGUGUCCCCGUUGUUGCUAUCACGGGUCAAGUGCCCCGUAAAUUGAUGGGCACUAAUGCUUUCCAAGAGGUUCCAAUAACGGAUAUUGCAAAAAGUAUUACUAAGCAUGUUUACCUUGUACUUGACUCGAAUGACAUACCUCGGGUUGUCAAAGAAGCCUUUAUUAUUGCCACUACGGGCCGCCCUGGACCCGUGUUGAUCGACAUUCCUAAGGAUGUUCAACAAGAGAUGAUAGUCCCUCGAUGGUUAGACCAUUCUAUUCCCCAAGGGUAUAUUCCUCGCUUACCAAAUCCGCCUAAAAUCGAGGGGCUACAAAAAAUCGUGGAAAUGAUUUUUGAGGCUAAGAAGCCGGUGUUGUACAUAGGAGGGGGUUGUGUAAAUGCGAGUGAGGAGCUAAGGAGGUUUGUUGAAUUAACUGGUAUACCCGUUGCGAGUACAUUGAUGGGUUUAGGAGUUUUUUCGUCGUAUAAUAAUAAUAAUAAUAAUAAUAAUAAUAAACGUGAAAUGUCAUUAGGAAUGCUAGGGAUGCAUGGUACAACGUAUGCUAAUUAUGCAAUUGAUAAAUCAGAUUUGUUGUUGGCUUUUGGGGUAAGGUUCGAUGACCGAGUGACGGGCAAAAUCGAGGCAUUUGCAAGCCGAGCUAAGAUUGUCCACAUCAAUAUCGAUGCUUGUGAGCUAGGAAAGAACAAGCAGCCCCAUGUCUCGAUGCACAACGACAUUAAGGUAGCAUUACAAGUAAUCAACUAUAUCUUGGCAAAAAGACAAGAAGCCGCGAAAAAGGACCAUUUCUUAGAGUGGAGGAAUGAGCUUCGAAAACUAAAACUAAUUAACCAUCUCACAAACAAUAAUGUUGUCUACGAUGACACGAUACAAUCUCAGUAUGCCAUCGAGGUCCUAGACGAAUUAACCAAAGGUAGCGCGAUUAUCACCACAGGAGUCGGACAACACCAAAUGUUUGUCGCGCAAUACUACAAAUUUAAGUCCCCUCGCCAAUUGCUAACCUCAGGAGGGAUAGGCACCAUGGGGUACGGCCUUCCAGCAGCAAUGGGAGUCGCGGUUGCAAAACCAGGGAGCCUAGUCAUAGACGUCGAUGGGGAUGGGAGGCGGUGGUGGUGGUGCCAUUGAAGGAGUUGGGAGGUGAGAGGUAGGAAGAAGGAGAUAUAAGAAUUUAAAAAAAAAAAAAAAAUAGUCUCAUUUGAGCAGAUGGGGGUCAAAGGUGGGAUUGUUUUAAGAUUUCGAAAAGGUGGGAUUGUUUUGAGCAGAAAAACCAAAGGUGGGAUUAUUAAUUUCCAUUUUUCCUUUACAAUUUUACAAUG